AUGCCAUUCUCUCCGUCUUCGGCUGUACCCCCCAACCCAUUACCACUCCCCGUUUCUGGUGUAGCUCCAGCAGUCAACUACUUUCCCAACUCUGCAGCCUGGUCCAAUCCCUCCUCGGCAUCCUAUCCAGUUGAUCACGCGAUGGAUUCCAAUCAACCUGCUCCAUUCCAUCCCUUGUCCACUUCUCAUGGCUUCUCACCGUACCCACCACAUUGUGUCACCCCUGCCCCAACCCACGACCCUCGUUCUCACGUCGGACCGAGCAACUCUCAAUAUCCUCCUCCCCAACCGAUCUUCUCACCCCCGACUACUCCUUGGCAUAGGCAAACGGUGCCAACAUCCUCACAUUUCGAUCCCACCUCCACCUCCCAACCCGACCAUCCUUAUCAAGCGAUCAAUGGCAUGCCCCCUCUAGUCCCUCAAAACCAUCCUGUCCCGAUUCAAUACCAACAGGAACCAUCCAGCCCAUCAGCUCAUCAAGGCUAUGAUGUAGGUAGCCCCAUGCCGCCAAACUGGCGCACCAGGCACCAAUCCCUUCCCGCUGCGCCUGUCCCUCCAACUCAUCACUAUCGACCCCCCGACAGUCAUUAUGAUAGUGAAAGUGUUUCCGACCAUUCCUCUGCCCUGAGUCGGAAAUCUUCGAACUCAAGAAGAACUUCAGAACCGAUCAAUCAUAAUAUUACCGCUCAACAGCAGCCUAGUUCUGGAGGGAUAAUCGUCAGGAAGCGAGCAUUACCCACGCCCCCUCAAGCAUCUCACACCGUGGGCCCCGUUUCUCAUGGCUCAGCACAUCCAGAGAGCCACCUGAACAAUGUACCAGAUCAUCAAACGCUUGUUCCAAAUGAUCUGUCCAACGUUCUUCAACAAUCAAGGUUGGAGACUAUUGGCGAAGUGGGCGAGUCGCGUCCCGGCACGUUGAGUGCCAAGCUACUGUCUCAAAACACGCUGAACUUGCUCGCGAGAGGCGAGUCUGCAGACGAGGAUGACGGGAAUACCAGACAUCCACGCCGACAACAAGCCGUCAGAGUCGUCAGUCAACCACGCGGUACGCGUCCCAGAAGAUCAGACGGAAGCGACAGCGUCCAAGCUUUGGAAGACAUUGUGGCGUUAGAGGAUGAACGGCGUAGCGCUGACGGAGCCCGUGCACGGGACCCUUCACCCGACCAAACUCCUACUCUAAACAGCCAGAAGGCUGUUUUCCAAGUCCCGUCUCACUCGGAUCAGGAGCCAGAUCAUCGAUCUGGUCCUCGCCAGACAUCCCCGGGUCAAUCCCCGCGAGAAAGAUCAUUCUCAUCUCCUCACUUGGCCAGUAGUACCCGCGCAACACCCACAACUGGUCUUGCAAACCUCGCCCAUUUUUUGAACCGGACUACCUCAGUAGAGCCACCGCGCGCUUCUUCCGCUCACGAAGGAACGUCGUCUAAUGCCGGAAGUGCAUCGGUUGAUCGUGAGCACGACAGUCUCAGCGUUCAUUCUACGGAGGACAAGUUGACACGGACCGCGACGCCGAGCUACACCGGAAGUGCACUGCGCAUGAAAAGCUCCCGAAUCUCUUACGGCGAAACCUUGAUCAAUGCCAUCCCCUCUCCGCCGAGCGCACCGAAAGCUCCUGUAGAGCUGGACUGUAGCACAACCACAAGACAGGAUACAACCGACUGGAGGCCGCCCUCAGCAUUAGCCAAUUCAUCAUCCCGUCCGCCACGAGCAUCAAUUGCUGAACAGAUGAACUUGUGCGAUGACCAACAGACUGACGAGCCAACUCUUGCUAGAGAAUCGGUUGCACCCGAGGCAUUGUUUCCUCAAUUUGAGGCCGAGCAGUUUCCAUCUGUGUCUGUCCCAGCCGUCCCACCUCCAUCUUUACCUGCAAAGACAGUCACCACCACGAUCAUCCCAGUGGAUUGCUCUAGUCCAUCGGCACCGUCUGUUCCACAAAACCCUACUACAAGCCCUCUGAUCAUUCCAUCCGACAGUCCAACCGUCAAGAGGAAGGGCCUCAACACCCAAAGAAAGUCCAGUCAGCCCAGAAAGCCCCCCAGCGACAUUGAGUCACACUCGUCACCCUCUCGCAUUGACCUCAAGCCUGUCUCCGCUUCGCCCAACCUACCGAUAAUCAUCAACAAGGAUGUCCUGGCCCAACCUCAGCAGAAAACCAUCGUUGAACGUUUGAGGAGCCAAAAUGCUCCCCCUGUUAUUCAGCAACAACCUGUUAGCCAGUCGAGGCCAGCCUUCAAGGAAUGUAGCCCCUCUCGAAAGGAUGCCUCUGCUAUGAUAACGCAUGAAGCUCCACGACAAAGCGCUGCUGCCAUCUCCCUGGGGCUUGCAACCAAGCAAACCGAUCGUCCGAAAGACGUUGUGCAAAUGCGCCCAACCCUGCCCAAACCACCUGUAGAGUCAACUGUUGUUAAUCAAAGCAACCAUCAUAUCUUCCAGCCAUCUUCAAGCUUGGACAAGUCGGAUUUUACUACUGCUCCCCUGGUCCACCGGCUUUCUGCUAUACCCAAAUCAUCCACUCCGUUGUCACUAGCAGGCGCAAGCCUCUACCAAUCAUCUCCUAAUUCCACCCCACAUCGCCCGCUCCCUAUCUCUCCCAGCUGCGCCCACGAAGCUAAGAUGGCAAGCAUGAACCCGACCCCGGUUGUAGGAUUGCUCGAAUCAGUGUCUGCUAAGGACAACUAUGAUGCUCACGUGGGCACUCGAGCUCUUUUUUCUUCCCAACAAACACCCCAACCGGCGCCUGUUAUGAUGACAUCAGAAAAACCUUUGAGUCGGAUUGAAUCACCAAGCCGACUGAACACGGAUUCUCUUGGGGCUCCAUGUAGCCCCACCUCGCCCACUAACCUCUCACGCAAGUCGCGGAUCAAGCGCCAGAUGUCUUCCACUCAUACCAUCCACGAUUCAGUGAGUCUUUCGAAGGUGGGUGGUAGUCGCAUCGGCGGUGAGGAUGGGAUGUUCUCGAUCAGUCGAGUGCCAGGAGGAUGGAACGAAGAGGAAUCUAAUGAGAUCGAGGCCCAGCUGAUCGAGGCUCUGCGGGAAACUAACCUGGCGGUCCAGAAAGCUACUUCCCGCAGGCUUUCGACGCCCGAGUUCGUCAAAUCGCCGGCCAAGAGUAGGAGUUCGAUUCGCUCGAGUAUGUAUUCGACUAGUCAGGCCGGAGUGCCUUCGACCAAUCGGAGCAGUUUGAUUGGCUUUGAUCGGUUGAGGGCGUCGAUCUCGAUAGCCGAGAGGACAAGUGAGGAUUCUGGUGGGAACAGGAGCUCGAUCGAUCGAUCAAGGGAUCCGGAUUCACGCGGCUCUCUUGACUGGCCAAGUAGGUCCCAGACGGAUGACAGCGUGAAGAGCAUGUCGUUUGACGAAGACACGCCGAUCCCAUUGACCAAUGGAGAGUAUAAGUCGAUGAGAGGCGGACGCGGAGGUCGGGUGAGCUCGGUGGUUGGGCAGUGGUCCAAACUGACGGGUGCGGAUGGACAGGGGAUCCUGAGUGGGCGCAAGGAUGGGGAGGUGAGGGAGAAGGAAGAGGAUCAGUCGGCCAGCAAGUUGUUGAUCUCCACUCGGGGCCUGUCGAUCAGACCCAAGAACAUAAGCCGGCCGCCGUCGCAGUACUCGAUCGGUGGCUUGCUCAGUCGGAACUCUAGUCUGAGCAGCCAGCUCUCGUCGUCGCGGCCGACCGAGGCCCGGGCGUUCGGCCUCCAGGACUCCAACCGACGCUCGAAGGCCAGCAGCCCGCAGAAGGAGGUGUCAUCCGCGAAGCUCCCGAUCGACCAGUUACGUUCGGCCCCCUCCUUCAAGACUCCUCCUACCCUCCUUGCGGCCCGGGUCUUGCUGCCGAUCUCUGGGUCGGGGCCGGAGGAAAACAAGAGCACGACGACAGCAGCAGCUGGACCUAACCACAAGUUAGGGUAUCGGAACCUAGCCAAUCGACUGAGCGGGGGCGUGUAUCCCUCCGGGUCUCACCCCUCCGGCCCGUCCUCCAAGUCGACCUCCUCCUCCUCCAACUCUUCCAUCUCCUCCCUCGGCUCCGUAUCUACCAACAACAAUCUCAUCCUCCCCUCCUCCCUCUCCUCGGCCGACGAAAACUCUCGCCUCAAUAAAAACUUCCGCAACUCCCUCCUCUCCCGCCCCGAUCGUCGCAAACUUAACGCCAUCCAUACCCUCGCUAAUCCCGCGACUACUCCGGGCCCUAUCUCCGAUCUCGUCAAACGCUGGGAAUCUUAA